AUGAAAUUUUUCGUUGAUCGCUCGACUUCAAUUAUAUUACAAAACUUUCUUUCUUUCUUUUAUUUUCUUCAAUUCUUUUUUUUCUUUAGAAAUUCUUUUUUUCUUUUUUUUUCUUUCUUUUUUUUCUUUCUUUUUUUCUUUUUUUUACUUUCUUUUUUUUCUUUUUUGUUUAUCUUUCUUUCUUUCUUUCUUUCUUUCUUUCUUUCUUUCUUUCUUUCUUUUUUUUUUUUUUUUUUUUUUUUUAUUUUUCUCACGAAUACACCUUCUUUUUCUUUCUUUUUUCUUUUUUCUUCUUUCUUUCUUUCUUUCUUUCUUUCUUUCUUUCUUUUUUCUUUCUUUCUUUUGCGAGGCGUUAUUCUUCUCACGAAUAUACCUUCUUUCUUUCUUUCUUUCUUUCUUUCUUUCUUUCUUUCUUUCUUUCUUUCUUUCUUUUGCGAGGCGUUAUUCUUCUCACGAAUAUGUUUGUUUCUUUGUUUGUUUAAAUUUGUUUCUUUCUUUCCAAAGCCUUAUUCUCCUCAUGAAGACCUUCUCUUCUUUCUUUAUUUCUUUCUUUCUUUCUUUCUUUCUUUCUUUCUUUUGCGAGGCGUUAUUCUUCUCACGGAUACGUUUGUUUGUUUGUUUGUUUCUUUCUUUCUUUUUCUUCUUUCUUUCCGAAGCCUUAUUCUUCUCACGAAAACCUUUAUUUCUUUCUUUCUUUUUUCUUUCUUUCGUUCUUUUACGAAACCUUUCUCUUCUUACAAACACUGUUUCCUUUCCUUUCUUUGUUAUUUUCUUUCUUUGUUGAUUUUUCACUUUCUUUCUUUCUUUUCCUUUUUUCCUUCCUUAUUCAUUCUAUUUCUCAACACAUUUUUACACUUUCCAUUUUCUUUUCUUUUUCCUUUCUUCUUAUUCUUCUCACAAACUAUUUGGUUCUUUCUUGCUUUCUUUCUUUCUUUCUUUUCCAAAGCAGUAUUCUUCUCACGAACUAUUUGGUUCUUUCUUGCUUUCUUUCUUUCUUUCUUUUCCAAAGCAGCUUCUCCCGAUUCUUACAUUAUUUUCCGAAGACUUAUUCUUCCCACGAACAACUUACUUACUUACUUUCUUUCUUUCUUUCUUUCUUUCUUUCUUUCUUUCUUUCUUUCUUUCUUUCUUUUUCGAAGCCUUAUUCUUCUCAUAAGCACAUUUAUUUAUUUAUUUCUCUCUUUCUUUCGUUCUUUCUUUCGUUCUUUUCUGAAGCAUUAUUCUUUUGACGAACCUCUUUCCUUCCUUCCUUCCUUCUUUCCUUCUUUCUUUCUUUCUUUCUUUCCCUCUUUCUUUCGUCCUUUUUUCUUUCUUUCUUUUCUGAAGCAUUAUUCUUUUGACGAACAUCUUUCCUUCCUUCCUUCCUUCCUUUCUUCUUUCCUUCUUUCUUUCUUUCUUUCUUUCUUUCUUUCCUUCUUUCUUUCCAUUAUUUUUCUCACGACCAUCUAUCUAUCUUUCUUUCUUUCUUUCUUUCUUUCUUUAUUUCUUUCUUUCUUUCUUUCUUUCUUUCUUUUUUUUCUGAAGCAUUAUUCUUUUGACGAACCUCUUUCCUUCCUUCCUUCUUUCCUUCUUUCUUUCUUUCUUUUCUGA